AUUGUUCUGCCCAGCACUGUAAUACCGCACGUGUUCUGUUUUUUGUUUAUACACGAUUUUUACUAUUAAAAUGCAGUAAUGUUUGUCAACGAAGUAAACGAUGUGAAAAUCUACAACUUAAGCGCCGGCAAAUCGGUGCCAGAUUGGCUCACCGAUCGGCGUAAGCGAUCACAGCUGAUGAAAAAAGUGGACACACGCCGUCAAAUUGAGCUGAUACAGGAUUUUGAUAUGCCCGGCGUUUGUACCAGCAUACGCAUGAGCCCGGAUCAACAGUAUAUCCUAGCUACGGGAACUUACAAGCCCCGUGUGAAAUGUUUUGAAGUAUCCAAUUUGUCCAUCAAAUUUGAGCGAUGCUUCGAUUCAGAAGUGACCACAUUUGAGGUGAUAAGUGAUGAUUACAGCAAAAUGGUGUUUCUCCAAUGCGAUCGUUAUGUGGAAAUCCAUGCAGCACAUGGGCGACACUACAGGCUACGCAUCCCACGUUUCGGUCGCGAUAUGAAGUACCAUAAGCCCAGCUGUGAUAUGUACAUUGUCGGCGUGGGUAGAGAUAUUUAUCGACUGAAUUUGGAACGUGGUCAGUUUCUGCAGCCCUAUGAGUCGGACGCCAGCUGUCUGAAUGCCUGCGAAGUAAACCCAGAGCAUCAUUUGCUAGUAGUGGGCACUAAAGAAGGCACAGUGGAGGCCUGGGAUCCUCGCACCAAACAGCGUUGUGCCAUUUUGGAUGUGGCCAUGAAACUACCAGGUGUCAAAGAGUUCCCCUCAGUAACGUCACUCAAAUAUCGUAAUGGGCUCCACUUGGGAGUUGGCACGGCCUCGGGACAUGUUUUGCUAUAUGAUAUACGUGCCCGACAACCGUUGCUAGUUAAAAAUCAUCUCAAUAAUUUGCCUAUCAAGCGAUUAGCUUUUAAUCCGGCACAGAAUGCUGUCUACAGCUUGGAUGAGGCCACGUUGAAAUUAUGGGACGAGCAGACAGGCAAGCAAAUAGCCUAUGUGGAAUCGACAACAUCCUUUAAUGACUUCUGCACUAUUCCGGAUACCGGAAUGUUCUUUCUGGCACAAGAGGAUGUAAAGAUGUUGACUUAUUACGUACCUGCCAUGGGACCAGCACCGCGCUGGUGCUCCUUCCUUGAUAAUCUCACUGAAGAGAUUGAAUCAGAGGUGGUCGAGAACGUUUUCGAUGAUUAUCAGUUUAUCACGCAAAAGGAACUCGCCGAACUGGGUUUGGAACAUCUCAUCGGCACCAAUCUACUAAAGGGCUAUAUGCAUGGCUACUUCAUGAAUGUGCGCCUGUAUAACAAGGCUAAGGCUGUUGUAGAGCCAUUUGCAUUUGAUCGCUUUCGCAAGGAGAAAGUUCGGCAAGAGAUCGAAAGUGAACGCAAGUCCCGUUUGCAAAUUGAAUCUAAGCUUCCAAAGGUCAACAAAGAACUGGCACUUAAGAUUAUGGAUGAGCAGGCAAAUCCCUCCAACAGUGCCAAGCAGCGCAAUAUGCCGAGUCUGUUGCAGGAUUCACGUUUCAAGGCAAUGUUUGAGAACACCGACUUUGCAGUUAACAAAGAUGCUGAGGAGUAUCGUUUGCUGGCACCAGUGCUCAAUCGCCUAGAUAAGUCGAAGGCCAAGCAGCUUAAACAGCGCGUCGAGGUUGCACACGUCGCAGAGCUGCACGCGGAUGAGGCAAAUCCGCGCGAAGACAGCGAUAAUGAUGAAGAUUUGUUUGGCUUCGAGAAGAGCGAUCCCGACCACAGCAGUGGUGAUGAGGCGUCCUCAGACGAUGAGGAUAGACGAGACUAUGUCAAGGAAAUGAAACAGGCCUACAAGCAGGCUAAGUUUCUGCGUGAUGAAGAGCAGAGAGCAGAGAACGAAGACGAAGAACCAGAUGGACCAGAUGAUUAUGUGUCUCCACUGGCGAAUGUCAACAUUAACAAGCCGCCCUCAAUUACGCCGACCUUUAAGCUGACGGCUCUUGACAAAGAUCAAGGCAACAGUGAGCUGCAGCGUCGCAUCAAGCAGGUCAGUCUUCAGGAUCGUGUGCGCGUCAUGUCCAACCUGGAGGGUCAAGUAACCAAUGUGGGCCGUUCACUUGGCAAUCGUCAAAUGACAUUCGAAGUGAACAGAGAAAAGAAAUUGCAGAAUUUCGCAAAGAAACGAGAGGAGGAAUUGAAAAAGCAUCGUCAGGAGCGACGGGGCAUCGUAAGGCCAAUCAAAUCGCUCAAACUAAAAAAAGUUAAUUUUAAGUAGGUUUUUAUAAUUACAUUUUCUUGUACAUAAAGUUUAGAUUUAUGUAAAAUUAUAUAAAUCCUCUUUCUGUGUCUGCCUUAAAUAUUCUCGUUACUUAAAUCGACCACUCGUUUUAUAAACUCCUGAUUAGGAUCAUCCAUACUAAGCAACCCAAGUGGUUGCAGGUCGUCAAUCUGCAGUGAAAUCAGAUCAAACUUACUAUUAGCACCACUACGCUGAUUAUUUUUAGUGAAAGUGGACUUUAUGCUAAUAUCACCUUCGAAUAAAUCAUCAACUGCUUCCUCA